GGCCCAUUGGCAAUCUCCCUAUUCAUCUCUGGUAUAUAUAUCAGUGAUUCUGUGCAAUUCAUUGAAAGCUGUGUGUGCGCCGUUAGCUAUAAAUUGAUAGUAUAAUAAUUUCAAAAGGAUUUAUAUAUUUAAAGAAUAAGAAAAGGAGAAUAUUUCUAUACGAAAUGGCUACAUUAGAAGACAAAUCAAUUUGGGAAGAUGGAGAGGAAACUUUGGGUGAGGAUGUGCUGCGAAUGUCCACGGAUGAGAUUGUCUCACGCACACGACUAUUGGAUAAUGAAAUUAAGAUAAUGAAGAGUGAAGUGAUGCGUAUAUCUCAUGAGCUACAGGCGCAAAACGAUAAGAUCAAAGAGAAUACUGAAAAAAUCAAAGUGAAUAAGACUCUACCAUAUCUGGUUUCAAAUGUUAUAGAGCUUCUCGAUGUAGAUCCACAAGAUAUGGGAGAAGAGGAUGGUGCAGUAGUUGACCUUGAUGCACAAAGAAAAGGAAAAUGUGCUGUUAUUAAGACUUCCACUAGGCAAACAUAUUUUCUUCCAGUAAUUGGACUUGUUGAUGCAGAGUCCUUGAAACCAGGAGACUUGGUUGGUGUCAACAAGGAUAGCUACCUUGUCUUAGAAACGUUACCUGCCGAAUAUGAUGCUAGAGUUAAAGCCAUGGAAGUUGAUGAACGUCCUACGGAACAAUACUCCGAUAUUGGUGGUCUGGACAAACAGAUUCAAGAACUCAUUGAAGCUGUGGUGCUUCCUAUGACACACAAAGAGAAGUUCGAGAACUUAGGAAUUCAGCCGCCAAAAGGAGUUCUUUUGUAUGGUCCCCCUGGAACUGGCAAGACACUACUAGCCCGUGCCUGUGCUGCUCAAACCAAGUCCACGUUCUUAAAACUCGCCGGCCCACAGUUGGUCCAGAUGUUCAUCGGAGAUGGUGCCAAACUUGUACGAGAUGCUUUCUCUCUAGCUAAGGAAAAGGCACCUGCUAUUAUAUUCAUUGAUGAACUUGAUGCUAUUGGUACGAAAAGAUUUGAUUCUGAGAAAGCUGGUGAUCGUGAAGUACAGAGAACUAUGUUAGAGCUUCUUAAUCAGCUAGAUGGGUUUAGUUCUACGGCUGACAUUAAAGUUAUUGCUGCUACUAACAGAGUGGAUAUUCUGGAUCCUGCACUUCUCAGAUCUGGACGUCUUGAUCGUAAAAUCGAGUUUCCGCACCCCAACGAAGAAGCCAGAGCUCGUAUUAUGCAGAUUCACUCCAGGAAAAUGAAUAUGUCACCUGAUGUGAAUUUUGAAGAAUUAUCUAGAUCUACCGAUGAUUUUAAUGGCGCGCAAUGCAAAGCCGUUUGUGUGGAGGCAGGAAUGAUCGCAUUGAGACGUAACGCCAGAGCUGUUACUCACGAAGACUUGAUGGAAGCUAUCAAUGAAGUUCAAGCUAAGAAGAAGGCCAAUUUGAAUUAUUAUGCUUAAAAUCCAUGUAUCUUUACUUGUUAAGAACUUUUUUCGCUAAUAUAGUAUGAAAUAUUACGUGAUUA